GGACCGUCUCAGUUGUCGGUGAGGCCGGCGGGGCGGAUCCCACGCUAGAGUGAAAGAGAAAAUAAAGCAACACAACAACAACAACAGUAAUAACAACAACAACUCGGUCGUUUGGUCUGUUUUGAUAUCAAGCUACCCUGUGGAAACUGAAACACCAAGAUGCCCUCAGCAACGAAUGCAAAUAGGACAGUGAUGUCUGCCAGUCCAGAUAUGGGAUCCGCUCCAGGGUCAGUGGGCAACACUGCAUUUGGUGGACAGUCUGAAGUUUUGAAGCAAGUGCUAUGUGUCAUCGACAAGAAAGUUCGCAACAUGGAGAAAAAAAAGAGUAAACUGGACGAUUAUCAAGUCAGAAAGGACAAAGGGGAGCGUCUCAAUCAGGACCAGCUGGAGGCUCUCUCAAAAUAUCAGGAAGUUGUGAAUAACUUGGAAUUUGCUCGGGAGUUGCAGAAGACCUUUCUUACACUGGGACAAGAUAUUCAGAAGGUGGUGAAGAAGACAGCGAGGAGGGAGCAGUUGCAACGGGAGGAGGCAGAGCAGAAACGGCUUAAGACUGUUCUUGAACUGCAGUUCCUUUUGGACCGACUGGGAGAUGAAACUGUGCGCCAAGAACUGAAGCAAGGAGUCAGUGGUUUUCCGUUACUUUCAGAUACUGAUCUCACUGCUCUGGAUGAGUUUUACAAGUUGGUGGGGCCAGACCGUGACCAAAAUGUCAGGUUGGUUGACCAGUAUGAAGAAGCAUCUGUACACCUCUGGGACCUGCUAGAAGGGAAGGAUAAAGCUGUGGUAGGAACAACAUACAAAGCACUGAAAGAAACUUUGGACCAGGUUCUGCUGAGCGGGUACUUUGACCGGAAUCCAUCACACCAAAAUGGAGUGUGUGAGGUGGAGGAGCCAGAGGAGGAGGAGGAAGAGCCAGCAGGAGCUGCAGCCAUAGUAGCUGAAUCGUCAGAAGCAGAAGAGCAGACUGUUGAUCCAGAAACUGAAAUCAUUGAAGAGUACACGGAGCCCAUUGCAGUGGAAACCACAGAGUUUGUGAACAGACAGUUCAUUCCAGACAGUACAUACAGCAGCAGUGAAAAGGAGCAGGGGCAUGAGUGGACCUCCGAGACAGAGGCAGUCACUGCCAUGCAGCCCCAGCAAAGUGUGCAGACUGCGCCUCCUCCUGUUACCAUGGAGACUCACUCCUUGAACAUGGUGUCUCCUGUACCGCCUACUGACCCCAUGGUCAGGAAGCAGGUGGUGCAGGACUUGAUGGCACAGAUGCAGGGAACUUACAACUUCAUGCAGGACUCCAUGCUGGAAUUUGAUGGACAGCCAAUAGACCCAGCUAUUGUAUCUGCGCAGCCCAUGAAACCCACUCAGAACAUAGAAUUACCCCAGAUGGUGUGUCCUCCAGUUCACCCAGAAUCCCGGCUAUCGCAACCUAAUACUGUUCCUGUGCAACCUGAGCCCACACAAGUCCCCAUCAUCUCCCCAACACCACCCCCCAUGUAUCAGACGUCGCACACGCCAGAUCCUAGAGCUUCAACAGAACCCAUUGACCCAAUCCAGCAGGCCUCCAUGUCUUUGUCAUCAGAGCAGCCUGCACCUUCUACAGCACUCCCGCCUGCUUCUCAGACACAGGUUUUCCAGCCUGUUUCCAAAACCCCUCACAGCAGUGGCAUCAACGUCAACGCAGCACCAUUCCAGUCAAUGCAGACAGUGUUCAACCUCAAUGCCCCAGUCCCACCAGCUAGUGAGACGGAGGCUUUGAACCAGGCCAAUCAGUACCAGAACACCUACAACCAGGCCUUCAGCAGCCAGCCCCAGCAUCCUGUGGAACAGACUGAGAUGCAGCCAGAACAACUGCAGCCUGUUGGUGCCUUCCACUCUCAAGACCAAACAGGAGGCCAUCAGCAGCCUUCCCAACAGGGCCCAGGCUUUGCUCGGCAGGCGCAAUCAUUUUACAACAGCAGAGGCAUGUCCCGUGGUGGACCCCGCAGUGCCAGGGGCAUGAUCAAUGGCUAUAGAGGCUCCUCAAAUGGUUUCAGAGGUGGCUAUGAUGGUUAUCGUCCUCCUUUUGCCAACACUCCAAACUCUGGUUAUGCUCCAACUCAGUUCAACACGCCUCGGGAUUACUCAAACGGGAAUUAUCAGAGGGAUGGUUACCAACAGAACUACAAGCGAGGAGCGGGCCAGGGACCCAGAGGAGUGUCACGAGGCAAUACUCAGGCAAUGCGAUCCUGAAAGGCCUUUCAUAAUGACUGUGACUGAUAUAACUUGCACCACACUGAAAAUCCUAAAUUCAAAAAUCCAUUUUCCCAAGCUCACCCAUGGUUUUUGUUUUUCCCACCCCAGUGGUAUUUUUCCUGUCAUCAAAGUAUGCCUGCUUUGAUAUUCGGAAAUAUCAACAUUUAAAUUCGAAACACGUGCUAAGUUGUAAAUCCAGUCAUUGAUUUACACAAAUGCGUGUUACAAUAUUCCUGUAAACUUGAAAGAUUUCAUAAGUUAUUUUUUGUAUUAAAAAAACUUACCAGACUGGUGGUCCAAUCCUUGUGAUCCCUUUCUCAGUUCUUCUAUCAUUUUGGUUCUCAAAAGCAUUUUAUGUUCAUUCAGCUCCCAUUUCCUUGUUUGUAAGUUGAUGUUGCUUCAAAAGUUUCAAUAAAGUUGUGUUGCAUACCCA